AUGUGGCAAUCCCUGACUCACUGCCGUGAUGCCCAGGGAAAACAGUACAACUACUUCCUUAAGAUCACUCAACUUUUGGGUGAUUACCCAAAAUACUUCAUUAUGGGAGCAGACAGUGUGGGCUCCAAGCAGAUGCAGCAGAUCCGCAUGUCCCUCCGAGGGAAGGCUGUGGUGCUCAUGGGCAAGAACACCAUGAUGCGCAAGGCCAUCAGGGGCCACCUGGAGAACAACCGAGCUCUGGAGAAGCUGCUGCCUCACAUCUGGGGGAACUCGGGCUUCGUGUUCACCAAGGAGGACCUCUCUGAGAUUAGGGACAUCCUGCUGACCAAGAACGUGCCAGCUGCUACUCGAGCUAGUGCCCUCGCCCCAUAUGAGAUCAGUGUGCCUGCUCAGAAUACUGGUCUGGGGAAUGAGAAAACUUUAGGCAUCGCCACUAACAUCUCCAGAGGUACCAUUGAAAUUCUGAGUGAUAUGCAGCAGAUAAAAACUGGAGACAAGGUAGAAGCCAGUGAAGCUACACUGCUGAACAUCUCCCGCUGCUCCUUUGGGCUGAUCAUCCAGCAGGUGUUUGACAAUAGCAGCAUUUAUAACCCUGAAGUGCUGGACAUCACAGAGCAGACCCUGCAUUCUCGUUUCGAAGAGGGUGUCCACAAUGUGGCCAGCGUCUAUCUGCAGAUUGGCUACCCGACUGUUGCCUCAGUGCCUCACUCCAUCAUCAAUGGGUACAAGCGGGUCCUGGCUUUGUCUGUGGAGACUGAGUACACCUUUCCACUAACUGAAAAGGUCAAGGUCUUCCUUGCUGAUCCAUCUGCAUUUGCAGCUGCUGCCCCUGUGGCUGCUGCCACCACUGCUGCUCCUGCAGCUGCGGCAGCCUCAGCGAAGGCCGAAGCAAGGGAAGAGUCAGAUGAAUCAGAUGAGAAUAUGGGAUUCGGUCUCUUAGACUAA